AUGCACCGCAUUUCUUCGCAGAUCUUCGCGGGCGCACAGUGCAAUGUGGUCAGAGUACACGUACACACGUACUGUACACGUCAAACGUACACAAAACGUUGGGAAAAGGGGCGGCACGUUGCUCAUCUGUACGGCCCAAACCGAAAGGAGUACCUUGCUCUGAUAGAGGAGUUCAUGCGGCCGUCGAGGAUGUCAUGCGGUCUUGAGUUCUACCUCGGCGAGUUUUCUGAUGUCGUGUUCACGUGAGACGACGCGGGAGAGGCGCGCGCGGUACACGCAGCGGAAGCAAAAACGAGGAAAAAACGAGGCGAGAUCUCGCAUCGCCCGGCCGUCCCGUCCUCCGCCGCGGAGAUGGCGUCGGUACGCGAGGAGGACAGCAUCGUCGUCGCGGAGUUCCGCAAGCGCGUCGUCACGUACGAGGUCAUCCCCGCGUUCGUGCGCCUAGGCAAGGGGGCGGUCGACUUCAACACCGCGGCGGAGAUCUUCAACCGGUGGGUCUUCACGCUGAGCGCGAAGCAGUGCGCCGCGGUGGAGGACGAAGCCGAGCCGACGUUGACGAUCACGGUCGGCGACCGAGGGCGGGCGAACGCGGACGCCGCGCGCGGGGCCGGGCCCACCACGACGGACGGAGCGGACGCGGUCACGCGCAUGGCGAAGUGGACCGAGCGCAGCGCGUUGUUCGCGCAAGACGUGGACCCACUCAUCCCGUGCUCGCUUCAGUCGAUGUCCGAGUUCAUGUCGCGACAGGUUCUGAACCACCCGGGGGUGAACAAAGAAGUCCUCGAGCGGCUCGCGAGCUCGGAAAACCUCCACGUGAAGGACAUGUUCGACCUCUGGGUCGCGGAGUGCAAGAAAGUCGCGACGCAAGUCGCCAGCGAGGCCGCGCGGCCGGAGUGUUCGCUCCCCGCCGGGUGGACUGACGACGCCCUCGGCGUC